AUGUCAGAUUUUAACUUAUUUUCAUCAAAAACUGAUAUAAAAAAAUUAUUAUUUACAACGGAUAAAUUUAAAUUUGAUGAACAAUGUUCAAAUGAUUCAUGGCAAGAUUUACCCGGUAUAACACCAACAUCAGUACUCGCAUCAUUUAUUGAUAAUCAAAAUAUUCAAACAUCAUCAUUAUCAUCAUUAUCCGAUAAUAGAAAUGAUUAUGGUUGGGAAACUCUUGAUGAUUAUUCAACAAUACCAAAAUCAUAUGGUUUUAAUUGUGAACAAUUAUCAAGUAAACCAACAAGUUAUUGUCGACUUGAUCGACGUGGACAUUGGUUAUUAUUACCACCACCACCAUUACUUCAUACAGAUACUGAUAAAGUUGUAACAUAUUAUGAUAACAAACGUCUAUCAAGAGAUUCUAAUCAAGAACAAAUUGAACAAAAUUUUCCUGAUUCAUAUGAAAGUGUAACUGUUUCAGUUGAUUUUCAUGUACCAACAGAUGAAUUUGUCCUGGAUCAUAAUAAUAUGUUUGAAGAAAACAUACCACAAUGGAAAAAUAAAAUACAACACUAUGAAAAUAAAAUAUCGGAUGAUAUGAACGAAAAAUCGAGGUAG